AUGCUCAAAUACGUAACCGUCCUAUGCGUUGUGGCUGCCCUGUGCUCAGCAGCCCCGCAGCAAAAUAACCAAGAUGUACAGAUCUUGCGUUUCGACAACGACGUUCAGGUCGAUGGAUACAGUUUCGCGUACGAAACAAGUGACGGUACAUCGCGACAGGAGGAGGGAAAACUUGACAAUCCUCAGUCCGAAAACGCAGCGCUAACUGUUACCGGUCAAUAUGCAUACGUCGCUCCCGACGGCAAGCACUACUCCGUCACAUUCACCGCCGGACCCAAUGGAUUCCAGCCCAAGACUUCUCUCGGCCAGAAGAAA